CAGAAAGACAAUCUCUCGUAGCCAAAAGCAGGAAAGCAAAAGAAAAGAGAUUUGGCAGAGUUGUUGGCUGUGAAGCAGUUAUUCUUCCUGUUUUGCUUCUUGUUUUACGUUCUUCAUCGCGUCUCUCUUUGAGUGGUUAUAUAUCGAGCUCGACGUUCUUGGCCUUCACUCGUGUCUUACUCCUCAUCUCCAUCGGCAUCUUGACUUCGCAACCCCACCUCGCCCUCUACCUAUUCUCCUUUCCUUCAUUUCUUCUUCCUGCAUUUCUCUGCAGAAGUAGCAGUUUGUUGUUCCGGCUUGCUCUUCGACCUCCAUUGUCUACCUUCCUCUUGAACCAAACAAACCACCGCUCGACUCCGCUUUUCCAUUUCUGGGACCCACUUCUCAACCCCAUCUCAAUCGCUUCUUUCAGCAUCUGGCCUCGUUCUGAGUUGCACACCUCUUGUUGGCUCACCUAAAGACCGAUCUGCAAAUAUCAACUCACUUCUCGAUCUUCAAACAGAAAAUGCAAACAAAACCUAUCGUCCUCCGGUGAAUCUCGUAUAUUCGACAUCAUACCCAACGUUCUUUACUGGUCGCACACCAUCGUCACGCGCAGUCAACGCCAGUCAACGACUGCGAGGCGUGAUACUACUUAAAGGCGAGACGGACGCUGGAGCUGAUCUAGAGGAGAAAGAGAAUAUAGAAAGAAGAGAAGAUCAGAAACAGCUAAUCGCAAAGGCUUACGUGCGACAAGACGGAAUCAUGAGCAAUGUGCUUGGUUCGAGCUCGUCGCUCGUGGUCGACGCCGUCAUCUCAACUUCACGUGUCACCAGCACAUCUACGAGCUCCACAAGCACUUCCUCCUCCUCUUC